GCGGCCUAUGAGCGAGUACCACAUGGAGCAGGGGGGGAACGGGGUGGUAUCUUCUCCUCCUCCUCUUGCUGCCAGCCUGUGUAUUGUGGCAGCUCAGCCCAUGUACCCCUCUCCCGGGCCCGCACCGUAGACAUGGAUGUGUUCGGGGACCUGCGGAGGAUGAACAAGAGGCAGCUGUACUAUCAGGUACUGAAUUUUGCCAUGAUAGUAUCAUCGGCUCUCAUGAUAUGGAAAGGCCUUAUUGUAGUCACCGGCAGCGAGAGUCCCAUAGUUGUCGUACUCAGUGGCAGUAUGGAACCAGCUUUUCACCGGGGAGACCUGCUUUUCCUAACAAACUUCCAGGAAGACCCCAUCCGAGCCGGAGAAAUUGUGGUCUUUAAAGUAGAAGGAAGAGAUAUCCCUAUAGUUCACAGAGUCAUCAAAGUUCAUGAAAAGGAAAAUGGUGACAUUAAGUUCCUGACCAAAGGUGAUAACAAUGAAGUUGAUGACCGAGGUCUAUAUAAAGAAGGCCAGAACUGGCUGGAAAAGAAGGACGUAGUAGGCAGAGCGAGAGGGUUUCUGCCAUAUGUCGGAAUGGUAACUAUAGUGAUGAAUGAUUAUCCCAAAUUUAAGUACGCUGUUUUGGCAAUCAUGGGAGCUUUUGUACUUUUAAAACGUGAAUCUUAACCUUUGGAGUCGACAUUGGCAAGAUAAACAAAGGAAUCAGCGUAUG